UGUCAAAAGUAUUGCAAUCCGGCACUAUUCCCAGACCUUCAAACGGACGACGGUACCGGCUGGUGGUUUAACACCAGCAUAGCCGAGCAGACAAACGUAUGGCUAGGGUCGUAUCAUGCUAUGGUGCGCGAGAUGACAUCCGUACGAUUUAAUUUCUUUCUCGACGAAAUGAUUCGUCUACGUAACAUAGACUUAGUGGAGAAGCUU